AUGCCCGACAGGACGUUAUUUGUGAGGUCAAAUUGAGGAAUAUUGUUUCACAGAAAACUGUCACAUGGAUAGCUGAUUGUUACUCGUCAGAGUAAACUCGGGAUUGGUUGGUUGAGAAUGUUUGCCUUUGCAUUUAGGUUCAUUUCAAGCUGAAUGCCCCAAGGAGACCGCAGGAACUUCCGGGCGAAAUGGAGGAAAGCAGCUCCCUCGCACUGGGCCUGUAUGGGCUCCUCACUGUGGUGCUCGGGGUAGCAGUUGCUUUCCACUUUCAGAAAUCUGAAGUACGUUUAAACUUGAGCGCCGUCAGCAGUGUCUCUUCGCUGCUGUUAUUGGUGGUUGCGUCCCUGUGUUCCCUUUACUUACCGCAGGCCAUGGGAUUCGUGUUUUUCGCUCUCUCCUGCUAUCUGGUUUAUCGGUCGUGCUCCGAUGGAAUACUUUCUCCGGAAGGGAAGGCUGUUCUGAUCACUGGUUGUGACUCAGGCUUUGGACACAGUUUGGCCAAGCGACUCCAUUCGCUUGGUUUCCAUGUGUUUGCACUGGUGCUUCAAGAGGAGAGCGAUGGCGCUCAAGAACUCAAGUCGGUCUGUUCUGAUCGACUCACCGUAAUUGAAAUGGAUGUGACAAAUCAUGCAAUGAUCCAAGAAGUUCGAAAAGAAGUUGCAAAACAACUAAAUAACCGGGGACUCUUUGCAUUAGUUAAUAAUGCUGGUGUCAUAAUCCAUAUUGGUGAUGCAGAAAUCAUCCCAACAGAUGCUUACAAACGAUGUAUGGAAGUCAAUUUCCUUGGAACAGUCCAAGUUACUAAGGCAUUUUUACCCUUUAUUCGUCGAGCAAAAGGAAGGAUUAUUAACAUUUCUAGUCCCUCAGGGGAACUACCACUUGGAGGCAUGUCAGCAUAUGGAGCAUCCAAAGCAGCACUUGAGUUUUUUUCGGACAUUUUGCGUCAAGAGAUGAAACCCUGGGGAGUAAACAUAUCCAUUAUCCAACCUGGUGCUACCAAAACCGCACAAGUUGGGAAUGUCAACUUCUGGGUGCAACAACAUCAAAAACUUAUGGAAGGCCUCUCUCCAGAACUCCUUCACGAUUAUGGAGAAGAAUAUGUUGAUGAAAUUCAGCGAAGGAUCACGUCAAUAGGUCCACUUUUCCGACAGCACGUUGGCCCAGUUAUUGACACAAUUGUCACGGCUUUGUUAGCACAAUACCCAAAGCCGAGAUACACCACUGAGUUUGUGAUUGAUGUGUUAAAAGUUCUCUACUACUUCCUGCCUUCUUUGGUCACUGAUACUGUUCUUAAUCAAGUUUUCAUUGCUCAUAGACUUUCACCAAAAGGUGCAAGAAAGGUUAACAACAGCCAAUGAAACUCUAAAUGCUUGAGGCUUGUGCUUUAUAUGUAAUGCUUUCAAAUUAUUAAGUUUUCAAUCCGUAAUUUUGCUGGCCACAUUGAGUAAGUUAGUUUGUUGUUGAGCUGAACAUUGUACCUGGAAAGUAAAUUGAUGUGUUAGCAGUGAAUAAUGAUGCCUCAUUUAAAGCAAUUUGUGGACAUUAAUACUAAUUCUGUGGCUGAUGAAAUGGAUAUGGUAACGAAGUAGCAAAGGCAAAGAUAUGUAAUGAAUGUUCUUCUUCACUGUUUUUGUAGAAUGCCUCAUUUCUAGAUAGAGUAAAAAGGAAAAUCAAAUAGAGUCCCUUUAUGUAGGAGGCAAUAAGGACUGCAGAUGCUGGAAGCCAGAGUCAAUACAUGUGGAGCUGGAAAAGCAUAGCAUGUCAGAUAACAUCCAAGAUACAAGAAAGUCAACAUUUCAAGCCGAUAACCUUUAACCUUUGUCUGACGAAAAAUGACUUUCCUGCUCCUCGGAUGCUGUCUGAGCUGCUGUACGUUUCCAGCUCCACAUGCAUCGAAGGCAAAGAUAUGUAUUAAAUGUUCUUCUCCGCCCAUCUGAUCAAACAGUGAAGAAGUGGCAGAUGGAGUUUAAUUCCGAUAAAUGUGAGGUGCUGCAUUUUGGGAAAGCAAAUCUUAGCAGGACUUAGACAC